UUUAACACUGGAAAGGGCUGUGUACCCAGCUUAGGGCUGCUCUAUGCCUGUCCCUGGGCUGACCUAGUGUCCCCUCUCCUCUCCAGGUGGGCGUUUCUGGAGCUGCACACCAAUGGCCGCUACAAUGACAGCCUGCAGGCCUAUGCAGCGGGCGUGGUGGAGGCCUCCGUGUCCGAGGAGCUCAUCUAUAUGCACUGGAUGAACACGGUGGUGAAUUACUGCGGCCCCUUCCAGUACGACGUUGGUUACUGCGAGAAGCUCAACAGCUUCCUGGAGGCCAACCUGGAGUGGAUGCAGGAGGAGAUGGAGCAGAACAAGGACUCUGCCUACUGGCACCAGGUGCGGCUGACCCUCCUGCAGCUGAAAGGCCUAGAGGACAGCUAUGAAGGCAGUGUGACCUUUCCAACUAGGAAGUUCACCAUCAAGCCCUUGGGGUUCCUCCUGUUGCAGAUCUCUGGGGACCUGGAAGACUUGGAGCUGGCCCUGAAUAAAACCAAGACCAAGCACACUCUAGGCAGUGGCUCCUGUUCUGCACUCAUCAAGCUGCUGCCCGGUCACAGUGACCUCCUGGUCGCCCACAAUACCUGGAACUCCUACCAGAGCAUGCUGCGUGUCAUCAAGAAUUACUGGUUUCAGUUCCAUGAAGGUCCCCAAGAGGGCUCUCCCCUGGCUCCCGGCAACAAGUGGGCCUUCUCGUCCUACCCCGGCACCAUCUUUUCCUGUGAUGACUUCUACAUCCUGGGCAGCGGGCUGGUGACACUGGAGACCACCAUCGGCAACAAGAACCCAGCCCUGUGGAAGUACGUACAGCCCAACUGCGUGUUGGAGUGGUUGCGGAAUGUCGUGGCCAACCGCUUGGCCUUGGACGGGGACACCUGGGCAGAUAUCUUCAAGAAGUUCAACAGUGGCACGUACAACAACCAGUGGAUGAUCGUGGACUACAAGGCGUUUGUCCCCGGCAGGCCCAGCCCUGGGAGCAGGGUGCUCACCAUCCUGGAGCAGAUCCCGGGCAUGGUGAUGGUGGCUGACAAGACCUCGGAACUCUACCAGAAGACCUACUGGGCCAGCUACAAUAUACCGUCCUUUGAGAAGGUAUUUAAUGCCAGUGGGCUGCAGAGCCUGGUGGCCCAGUACGGGGACUGGUUCUCCUAUGAUGGGAACCCCCGGGCCCAGAUCUUCCGGCGGAACCAGUCGCUGGUGCACGAUGUGGACUCCAUGAUGCAGCUUAUGAGGUAUAAUGACUUCCUGCACGACCCCCUGUCACUGUGCAAAGCCUGCAACCCCCAUCCCAACGGCGAGAACGCAAUCUCGGCGCGCUCCGACCUCAACCAGGCCAACGGCUCCUACCCUUUCCAGGCUCUGCAGCAGCGCCCCCACGGGGGCAUCGAUGCCAAGGUGACCAGCAUGGCCCUGGCCAAGGCCUUGUGCUUCAUGGCAGCCAGCGGCCCCACGUGGGACCAGGUGCCCCCUUUCGAGUGGAACUCCUCGCCCUUCAGCGGCCUGCUGCACAUGGGCCAGCCCAACCUCUGGAAGUUCUCGCCCAUCAAGGUCUGGUGGGACUGAGGUGCCAGUCUGCCCGCUGCCUUCUGCCCCGCUGAUAGCAGGGCCGCCCCACCGGCCACCACCGUGACCUCCUGCUCGUCCCAUCUGUGGCCUUUGCCCCCUAUUGUGCCCAGAGCUGGGACCUUGGUCUGCCAGGUUCACUCUCAUCUGGGCAUCUCCGCCUGGGUUGGGGCACAGAACCCAGUGGGGCCCAGCACUGAUUCCCUCUCCCCCAAAGUGGGGAGAGCCCUUCCCGCCCCCUCUGCCUUUCUGCGUCUGUCUCCUCCUCCCUGUUUCUCUCCCUGCUGCCCUCCCCCCAUCCUCGUGCUGCCCCUGCGGAGGGAUCAGGUCCUGGGGCCCCCAUGGGUUUCAGCCCUGAGACCUGGGUGUCGCCUGUGGUUGGCGCCGCUCCUCCAGCCCCAGGUCCUCUGCUCCUUUGGGAAGCAGCCCGUGUCCCCUCUGGACAGCUUCCUCAAGGACAGAAACUUAAAGACAGACACAAACCAAAGUUUCUGGAGACUUGUGGCUGGAGGGCCCGAAGUCCUCUCUCCAGGGGCGGGCAGAAGUGCCAGCCCCCAGGCUCCAGCCUCAGGCCCGUCCCCAAGCCUGGGCGUGCCCCUGGCCUCAGGGCAGUGCCCACAGCUCCCCUGCUGCAGUCACCAAAUCGCAAGCUGUGACAUUAAACAAGAGAGGCCGUGGCCCCUGUGCUGUGCUUUUUGGGGCAGUGGGGAAGGCUGAGUCUGCCUUGUCUCAGGAUUGAGAUCUGCACUGCCUUCCCAUGCAUCUUCCUGUCCACCCUGUCUGUCCAUCUGUCCAUUUAUUUGCCAACCCA